UAUCUUCUCUUCCCCCUCCCCCUGCUCCGCCUCGCCUACUUUCACUCCCGCUCUCCCGGUUGCGCCCUAAAAUAUAUCCUUCGGGACCAAACCCUCACGAUACUGUUGCGAAUAGAGAUGACAGGGAAGGCAACGAUUCAAUAGCAGUACGCAGAGAUCCGAAAUUCCUAACUUUAUCUUUUUUCCGCUCUGUUCCCACCGACAGGUACUUCACAUCUUCCUUUUCGCGCGAAAGCCCGUGCCGGCUUGAAGGGCGAAAGCCUUGAAAUCCGGAUUUAUCAAAUCUGCGGCUUUAUUUUGUCUAGAAUGACCUUCAGGCAAGAUUUAGGUUAAAUCCAGGUUAAAUCCUGCUCUUAAUCCGUCACCAGACCGGCCGUUUGUUUUCCCGCGCAUUUCUGGUCAGCCAUUUGCGCGAACCUGCUGUCUUCUUAUUCCCUAAAGGCAUUUCGCUCCGUCUGUUAUCCUGCGGUUCCUAAAAUGCUUUAUCCGUGCGUCCUCUCGAGUUCAUAUCCACGGUCGUCAUAUGGGGUUCCGCAUCACCACGCUUCAUUCUUAGCAGUUCGCAGAGAAAUCAGUUGAUUUGAUGGUGUUAUUCCAAAUUCUUAUGUAGCAGACUGAUUAUAAAGAAGGAUCCUUUUUUCAACGUACAAACAUCGUUUGACAAUGGACGAAACCACAUCUCACGACGGGCGAGAAGAAGAGGACGAGGAAGAGUACGAGGAGGUUGGUGGUGGGAGCCGGCUCCUAGGGUUUAUGUUUGGGAAUGUUGAUAACUCUGGUGAUCUCGAUGUUGAUUAUCUGGACGAGGAUGCAAAGGAGCACCUUUCCGCGUUGGCUGACAAGUUAGGCUCUUCUCUUACUGAUAUAGAUCUUAUCAAAUCUUCCCCUACUACAACAGAUGCUUCUGAACAGGAUUUUGACGAGAAGGCUGAAGAUGCCAUUGAUUAUGAGGAUAUUGAUGAGCAAUAUGAUGGGCCAGAAAUACAGGCAGCCACAGAAGAAGACCAUUUGCUGCCAAGAAAAGAAUUCUUCUCUUCAGAUGCAUUUUUUUCUUCUUUAAACAGCAAAGCUUCUAUUUUUGAUGAAGAAGAUUAUGACGAGGAUGAAGAAACAGGUAAUGAAAGCAAAAUCAAGGAAAAUAUUGAUGAAAGUGAAAGCAUUUCUUUGGCAGGUCAGGCUCAGAAAGUUGGUGGGGAUUUGGAAGUGGCCUCUGCGAAUAUAAUAUCCUUUGAUGAUGAUCUGCCUUCUGGUGGAUCUUUGGAAGCUGAAGAAGUAGCGUUGGAGCCGGCUAUUUUUCAGGAAGAUGAAGCAGUCCCCGAAGAGCAAGUUAAUCCAAAAAGUGCGACUGCUUUACCUGUUUUGUGUGUUGAGGAUGGAUUGGUAAUAUUAAGAUUCUCGGAGAUUUUUGGAGUACAUGAGCCCUUAAAAAGUGCAGUUAGGAGAUACUGUCAGAAACGCCCAUCUUGUAAUGAACGGGAUAAAACUUUAGAUAUUGCAAAUAUGGUUGAAGAAGAUGAAGCUGCUUUUCUAAGGAGUGCUGAUCAUGAUCCAUGCAUAGCUAAAAAACUGAAUUUAGCUGUUCUUGGUUUGGAAGAAGAGAAUGAUCAAGAAAUAUCAUUUUUUGAUGUACAGAAUAAAGACACGUGCUUUGGUUCACUUCCAAUGAAGGAUGAUAUGCCUGUGGAUGCAUCAGGUUCUCAGUGCUCUCUACCAUCGCCAAAGUUUUAUCCAUUGGAUCAGCAAGACUGGGAAGAUGGAAUUCUGUGGGGAAAUUCACCUCAGUUGAGUUUUGAUGUCUCAAGGGAUGAUUCAUAUUCAGAGCAUGACACUGAAGAUCAAUCAGAAGAAAAUUUAGAUAUUAGAUAUAGGAGUGAUGCAUUCAAAUCUAAUGAGAAAGAUGGUGACUUCCCCAUAGAAUCUGCUGACAAUGCAUUUUUGACAUAUCAACAUUCAUUAGAACGCGAGUAUCAUCAGCAAGUACAUGAUUCGGAGUUAUUUUCAAGAAGGCAUAGUUCAUAUCCGGAAGAAAUGGAAAUUGAAGAUGUGCAUACUGAAGUUUCUGAAGGAACUACUUUACAACGCUUCGACAGGUUGUCCUUGAAGAAUCAAGAUUUGUUAAAUGGUUCUUGGUUGGAUCAUAUAAUAUGGGAUUCAAAAGAGGCAAUUUCAAGGCCGAAACUUAUUCUUGAUCUUCAAGAUGAGCAAAUGCUAUUUGAGAUUCUAGAUUACAAUGAUGGCGAAUAUCUUUCUUCUCGCGCUCGUGCUAUGGUAGUAGUUCACCCUUCCAAAUCUAAUUUAGGAGAGUCUUCUGAUGUCCAUAAUCCGGGAAUGCCAUCCAACACUCGAUUCAACAUUUCUAAUGAUAAGUACUAUUCCAGUAGAAAGACUUCCCAACAAGCGAAAUCACAUACCAAAAAGCGGGCCACUCAUGGCAUCAAAGGGUUGCAUUCCGUGCCUGCUUUAAGACUUCAAACCAUGAAGCCUAAGUUAAGCAAUAAGGACAUUGCUAAUUUCCAUAGACCAAAAGCAUUAUGGUAUCCUCAUGACAACGAAUUUGCUGCGAAGUCACAAGGAACACUCUGUUCAAGUGGGCCUUUCAAAAUUGUUGUAAUGAGUUUGGCAGGGAAAGGAGUUAAAUUGCACGUUGAUGCGGAAGAAACUUUAUCCAGUGUUAAAUUGAAAACAUCGAAGAAACUAGAAUUUAAAAUGUCUGAGAAGGUGAAGUUUUUUUAUUCUGGUAGAGAGCUAGAGGAUGAUAAGUUUCUUGCAGUUCAAGGAGUGCGUCCAAAUUCUGUGCUUCAUCUUGUGCGUACAAGGAUACAGCUAUGGCCAAAGGCACAGAAGUUGCCUGGUGAAAAUAAACCUCGGCGGCCUCCUGGUGCAUUUAAGAAAAAAUCUGAGUUAUCUGUGAAAGAUGGUCAUGUAUUUUUAAUGGAGUAUUGUGAGGAGCGGCCUUUAUUACUCGGAAAUGUUGGGAUGGGGGCUAGAUUUUGCACUUAUUACCAAAAGCUUGCGCCUAAUGAUCAAACAGCUUCAUCUCUUCGAAAUGGAAACAAUGGUCUUGGCUCUGUGCUUACACUUGAUCCUUCUGACAGAUCUCCUUUCCUUGGAGAUAUUGGUCCCGGUUGCAGCCAAUCCUGUCUGGAAAAUAACAUGUACCGAUCUCCUAUUUUUCCUCAUAAAUUGCCCCAGACAGACUAUCUUUUGGUACGUUCAGCAAAAGGUGCCCUGUCCAUUCGACGCAUUGAUAGACUAUAUGCAGUCGGACAGCAGGAACCACAUAUGGAGGUACUUUCUCCAGGGUCCAAAAAUGUUCAUUCAUAUCUUGUGAACCGGAUGCUGGUAUAUGUGUAUCGCGAGUUUCGUAGAAAUGAGAAACCUGGAAUCCUUCCAUCUGUUCGUGCUGAUGAGUUGGGUGCACUUUUUCCUGGCUUUACAGAUGCUUUCAUGCGCAAGAGACUGAAACUUUGUGCGGAUUUGAAGAAAGGAGCUUGGGUUAAGAGGAUUGAUUUUCGUAUUCCAUCUGAGGAAGAGUUAAGAAGAAUGCUGUCUCCAGAGAAUGUUUGCUCAUAUGAGAGUAUGCAAGCAGGUCUUUACCGUCUGAAACGCCUAGGAAUAAACCGGCUUACUAAUCCUGUUGGGCUGUCUUCUGCAAUGAACCAACUUCCAUACGAAGCUAUAACUCUGGCUGCUGCCUCUCAUAUUGAAAGAGAGUUGCAGAUAACUUCAUGGAAUCUGACAAGCAACUUUGUUGCUUGUACUAAUCAGGAUCGGGAGAAUAUUGAACGUUUGGAAAUUACUGGUGUUGGUGAUCCAUCUGGCCGUGGAUUGGGUUUUAGCUAUGUACGUGUUACUCCAAAAGCUCCUAUUACUAGUGCAGUGGUAAAGAAGAAAGCAGCUGCCUCAAAAGGAGGCUCCACUGUAACUGGAACAGAUGCAGACCUCCGUAGGUUGAGUAUGGAUGCAGCACGCGAGGUACUCUUAAAAUUCAAUGUACCGGAAGAGCAAAUAGAUAAACUAACCAGGUGGCAUCGGAUUGCUUUGGUACGCAAGCUGUCAAGUGAACAAGCAGCCUCAGGAGUUAAAGUUGAAGCCAUGACAUUAAGCAAGUUUGCACGCGGACAACGAAUGUCAUUUCUUCAACUCCAGCAGCAGACACGUGAAAAAUGUCAGGAAAUAUGGGAUCGACAAGUUCAAAGUCUCUCUGCUGCUAAUGAUGAUGAAAAUGAGAGUGAUUCUGAAGCAAAUAGUGAUUUGGAUUCUUUUGCCGGGGACCUUGAGAAUUUGCUAGAUGCAGAAGAAUUUGAAGAGGAGGUUGGAACUGGUGAUGCGAUGGUUGAAAAGACAGAUGUUGCUAGAGGACUUAAAAUGAGAAGGUGCCAUUCAUUUUCUCAGACAGAAGAAGAAAUUGAAGAUGCUAAAGCUGAAGCAGCUUUCAUCCGUAGAUUGCUUGAAGACGAUGAAUCUGAGAUUGAGAAAAAAAAGAAACCUAUUGGAAUAGAUGUCAUUCGCCCUCAGCUUGGUACUGAGAAUGCUUCCGUGAAGAAGAUGGGUACCACAGUUGGCCAAAUUUUUGGCAGUUCAUAUCUUGACAGUUCACAUAUCUCAAAAGAACUUGUGAUCCACGUAUCUAACGAGGUUGAAAACUCUCCCGCUGAAACAAUUUCUUGGAAAUCAAAGACCAAAAAGGGAUUUGUAGCAAAUGACAUGGCUAUGGGAUUAGUGAGAAAAAACUUCAAAACUUCGAAAGAUGGAACCAAGGUUUACAAGGAGAAAAAACACGCAGAUAGAAGAGAGAGUUUUGUAUGUGGAGCUUGUGGUCAGCUUGGACACAUGCGGACCAACAAAAACUGUCCCAAAUACGGAGAAGACGCAGACCCUAUCGAAGUAGAGAGCACGUCCGGCAAAUCCCACCUACUCGAUGCUGCAAAUCGAUCUCAGCUGAAAGUAAUAAACAAGAAAAUGAUGUCUGCGUUGUCGCCAGAAAGUCCAGAGAAGCGAGAAAUGGAAGUACACGUUAAGGUUCCGCCGCUCAAACUUAAAUGGGGAUCUGCUGACAAGCGAUCGGAGAAGAGCUUGUCUGCAUCUCAUAAAUUCGAUAAGAUGGUUUCUGGCACUAUGAACCAUGAAGCCAAGCAAAUUGGGAGGAGUUUAAUAAUUCCUAUCAAGAUGAAGGGUGAGAAUGCACAGCCAGAUACACCAAAACCAACUGUUAGAAUACUCCCUCCUCAUGGCAUGGAUAGAGAACCUCCUAAGAAAAUUGUCAUAAAACAGCCAAAAAUUAUGGCCAAGAAGCAUUACAGCGAGGAUGCCGAUCUUGCAAUAGACCGUGAAUCCAGGAAGAUGAAAAAAAUUACGGAGCUAUCCCCUGGUUUUGAGAAGCCGAGAAAGUUUGAGAGUCAACUUUUUGUGAAAAAUGAAAUUGGUGCAAGUCGUACACAUGAGAGGAGAGUAAGGGAGGAGAAAGUUAAAAACAUGCAGAGAUUUGAAGAAGAGAGGAAUAGAAGGAUGUUUGAGGAGCCGAGAAAACAUCAAUCAGCUUUUUGGAGGGAGGAACUCCAGGCUAAGAAAAAAAUGACAAAGAAGAAUAAGAAGAAGAAACCUGAUUUUAGUGAUGAUUACUUAAUGGAUCAGAGACCUUACAGGACCGAUCGGAGGUUUCCUGAAAGGGAUCGAGCUGCGAAGAGACGGAGCGUAGUUGAUACAGAUCUUCAAGACUAUGCACCGUCAUCAAAGCGGCGUAGAGGAGGGGAGGUUGAAUUAUCAAAUAUACUCGAAAGCAUAGUGGACCAGCUGAGGGAUACAAUCGAAAUCUCUUAUCUGUUCCUGAAACCGGUGAUGAAGAAGGAUGCCCCAGACUAUUUUGAUGUAAUAAAAUCCCCCAUGGAUCUGUCCACCAUUAGAGACAAGGUGAGGAACAUGGGUUACAAGAGCAGAGAGGACUUCAGGCAUGAUGUGUGGCAAAUAGCCUUUAAUGCCCACAAAUAUAAUGACGGUAGAAACCGGCAUGAUCAGCUUUUGGCGCUCUGUGAUUACCUCAUUGAUGACAAAGAUGACAUUUUGACUGAAGCUGAAGCUGGAGUAGAGUAUUCAAAUACUUAGUAGCUAUAUAUAUGUACAGGGCGGGGUUCUUUGCUCGGGUAGACAUUCUUUUUUAUGUAAUCUAAAAUGUUUGUAUGUAGAGUAGUUUUAUUUAUUUGUUUGUUUAUUGUAGUGGGCAUAAUUUUUAGUUUUUCAGGUUUUUUCUGGCAACUGUUUUGGAGUAUUUUCUGUGAGGUUAUGGUUCGUAUUUUACUGGAAUUGGGUGGUCUGUAAAUGACCCUCUCAACGUUUCUUUUUUUAAAUUUUUUUAAAUUGAAAGUAAUCGUUAUAUUUUAAAGAUGACAGCAAAUGGUUACCUUCCU